AGAUGGCAACCAGAAGACAACAAGCAAGUUUAUUUUUUGCAUUUGCUUUGAAAAUUCUGUUUAAACAUUAACAAGUUGGCAAGGGGCGCAUUGCUGACAACAAAUUCCGUCUAAAGUGCAACGAAAAAUACGUAAAAUAAAAGUGUGGCUGCUGCUAGCGCUCUUUUUUGGCAACUGGUCAGCCAAGAAGUAUAAAGAAAUGAAAGUGGAUUGAAAAUUGUGUGAUGUCAUGUCGACGGGCAGAGAUACAGAAUGUUAAUUGAAACUUCCCGUCCCGACAACUUGUGUUUAAAGCGUAGCAAGUGUGCAUUUAAAGUGCUGAAUCCUGGCAUUAAAGUGUUUGUGCUGAAAGUGGAAUAAACAAGUGCGUUUUGUUUCAAUAUAUAAAAACAGACAAACUCCAAUUUUUAUGACACCUUUAACGCUCAAGUGAAAUAGCAGCACAAAAGAGAAAAGGUGAAACGCACACACACACACACACACGCAUAACUAAACACACACGCACGCUGUGAGUGAGCUUUGUGUUAUUGUUGUGUGGUGCGGGAACGAACAGCAGCAGCCAAAAGAAUUUACUUUUUCUUAUUGAUUUCCCUCCAAAAAGAAAUAAAUAAAUAUACAUAAAAAAAAUAAUUCCGCCCAAGCAACAGAAGCAGCUGCAUUUGUCACGCCUACAAACAACUUGUGGUGCCGUCCUAAAGUUCUACACAUUCCCCUAGUCCCAUUACGCCCCCAACAUGUCCGCUGCCAAUGCCAGCGAUGACGCUGGAAAUGAGCAGGAGCUGCGCAUGGAAGUGGAGCGUCUGACACGCGAACUUGACCAAGUGUCCAGCGCUAGCGCACAGUCCGCUCAGUAUGGUCUAUCGCUGCUGGAGGAGAAAUCAGCGCUGGAGCAAAAAUGUGAAGAGCUGGAAACACUGUAUGAGAACACACGCCAUGAGCUGGAUAUAACACAGGAGGCUCUCACGAAAUUCCAAACCUCACAGAAGGUCACAAACAAGACCGGCAUAGAGCAGGAGGAUGCGCUGCUCAAUGAGUCUGCUGCUCGCGAGACUUCACUCAAUUUGCAAAUACUCGAUCUGGAGAAUGAGAGCAAGCAGCUGCGCCAUGAGCUGGAGCGUGUGCGCAAUGAACGCGAUCGCAUGCUGCAGGAGAAUUCGGACAUUGGCCGUGACAAGAGCGACAAUGAGGCGGAACGCUUGCGUCUUAAAUCCGAGCUGAAGGAUUUGAAAUUUCGCGAGACGCGCAUGCUGAGUGAAUACUCCGAGCUAGAGGAGGAGAACAUAUCGCUGCAGAAGCAGGUGUCCAGCCUGAGAAGCUCGCAGGUGGAGUUUGAAGGCGCCAAGCAUGAAAUACGCCGGCUGACCGAGGAGGUAGAGCUAUUGAAUCAGCAGGUUGAUGAGCUGGGCAAUCUCAAAAAGAUUGCGGAAAAGCAAAUGGAGGAAGCGCUGGAGGCGCUGCAAGGCGAACGUGAAGCCAAGUAUGCGCUUAAGAAGGAGCUGGAUGGACAUCUGAAUCGCGAGUCCAUGUAUCAUAUAAGCAAUUUGGCCUACAGCAUACGCAACAACAUGGAGGAUAAUGCCAGCAACAACUCCGACGGCGAGGAGGAGAAUCUAGCGCUGAAACGUCUCGAGGCUGAUCUCAGCACAGAGCUCAAAUCACCCGACGGCACUAAAUGCGAUCUCUUCUCUGAAAUACAUCUCAACGAGCUGAAGAAACUGGAAAAGCAGCUCGAGAGCAUGGAGAAUGAGAAAUCGCAUUUGACCAGCAAUUUGCGUGAGGCUCAGACCAGUCUGGACAAGUCACAGAACGAGCUGCAGAACUUUAUGUCACGCCUGGCGCUGUUGGCCGCACACGUGGACGCGCUGGUGCAGCUAAAGAAGCAAAUUGAGGUGAAGGAACAGUCACCAGCCAGCGCUAAAGAGCAGCAACAGGACGAGCAACUGCAGCAGCAGCUACGCGGCAUUAUUACACAAUAUACAAAUUGGUUUACACUCUCCGCCAAGGAAAUCGAUGGCCUCAAGACUGACAUUGCCGAGCUGCAGAAGGGCUUGAACUACACGGACGCUACCACCACGCUGCGCAACGAGGUGACCAAUCUGAAGAACAAGCUGCUCGCCACCGAACAAAAGUCGCUCGACCUGCAGAGCGAUGUGCAGACACUGACGCACAUUUCCCAGAACGCUGGCCAGAGCUUGGGCUCGGCGCGCAGCACUUUGGUUGCCCUAAGCGAUGAUCUGGCGCAGCUGUAUCAUCUGGUGUGCACUGUCAAUGGCGAAACGCCCACACGCGUGCUGCUGGAUCACAAGAGCGACGACAUGAGCUUUGAGAACGAUUCGCUUACGGCCAUACAAUCGCAGUUCAAGUCAGAUGUGUUCAUAGCACGGCCACAAAUCGUUGAAGAUCUGCAGGGACUUGCAGAUUCGGUGGAGAUUAAGAAGUAUGUCGACACUGUCAGCGAUCAGAUCAAGCAUCUGAAGAACGCCGUUGAGCACACCAUCGAUUUGAAUAAGCACAAAGUGCGCGUCGAGGGGGGUGAACCUGUUGAAAAGGGCAACACCGAGGAGCUGGAGGAACUGCAGGAGCAGAUAGUCAAGCUCAAGAGCUUGCUGAGCGUAAAGCGCGAACAAAUCGGCACACUGCGUAAUGUGCUCAAGUCAAACAAACAGACCGCCGAGGUGGCGUUGACCAAUCUCAAGUCCAAGUAUGAGAACGAAAAGAUUAUUGUGAGCGACACAAUGUCCAAGCUGCGCAACGAGCUACGUUUGCUCAAGGAGGAUGCAGCCACUUUCUCUAGUCUGCGUGCCAUGUUUGCUGCACGCUGCGAGGAGUAUGUAACCCAGGUGGAUGAUCUGAAUCGCCAGCUAGAGGCAGCUGAGGAGGAGAAGAAGACACUCAAUCAGCUGCUGCGCCUGGCUGUGCAACAGAAGCUGGCGCUAACGCAGCGUCUGGAGGAAAUGGAAAUGGAUCGCGAAUUGCGUCAUGUACGCCGUCCCAUGCAACCGCAGCGCGGCACCAGCGGCAAACCCUCGUUCAGCACGCGUCCGUCAAGCAGAAAUCCGGCUGGCAGCAAUGCGAAUCCAUUCUAACAUAAGAUUAGCGUGCAGCGUAAACUUUUGGCUUUAGUUUAUACUUUGCUUAAGUUGUAAAAGAAGUUAACCCACACACACACACACUCAAGCAACAGAAUACUGCAAUAUGUAUUUGAGAACGAGGCCAGUGCGGCUUAAUGUGUCUUUCCUAUUUAAAAUGAUAAUUCAUUGUAUCUGUUUCUAUUUGUAUUUAUUAAAAGUUUAGUUAGACGAAAGCUUUGUGUUAGGCAAAUCAAGCAACCACAAAAAGUUAUUAACGGUUAGUUACUUAAACGUCCAAUUAAUUUAAUUAAAAAACAAAUCAACACUAACGUAAUAAUUGUAUUUUUCUACAACAACAAUGAUGAUAUGUUUUAGUUCGUUUACGUUUGAGUUUUGUUAACUUAUCGCGUUGACUGUUUUUUGAUUUUUGUUAUCAACAACGCUGUGCGCAAGCGAAACUGAAUAAAACUAAAACGAUACGGAAAAUUGAUAAUGAUAAUGAUAUUGAAAACUGAAAUUGAAAUUGACAAAUGGCAACUUUUGUAUUAAUUGGCCUAAGAAACUACUAAAUGAGUAUUUUUUUUCUUCUAAUGGCCCAAACUGUACGUAAAAGCGAACAAGCAAAUAGUUUUUUAUAGGGCAUUGAAAGUAGAUUUCAACUAGCCCCCCCCAAGUGUAAAUUAUACAUAUACUUAUUGGAAAAUAUACUAUAGUACUAUGUGUAGCAAUGGGCUGCGUCUCAAAGACGAAGUUUUUGUAUUGAAUUGAAAAUGUAGUAAAUUAAUUUAUGUUUGCAAUUGAAAUGAGAAGAAAACGUAGUUUUUUGU